UAUUUAGCUGUCUUUCAAAAUAUUAUUAAAAUGUCAAAAGGCACAAUCGAUACACAGCUUUGAAAAACUUUUAGAACUAAAAAAGGUAUUGUUUGUGCACAUACGUAAAUAGCAACAAUAGCUUUUUAUUGUUUUCUGUGAAAGUAAUAUGUUACUGUUUUAUUUGUUUGAUCAAAAUUGUAAUGUUACGAGUCACCUACUAGUACCUAGUACAUACAUUAUACAGUAAUCUGUUUUUUAACCUUCUUUUACCAUGCGAUACAUCAUAGUAGGUAAAAGGUAUUUACAUAUUUGUCACGUUCCCAGCAGUAUCAUUUUAUGUAAACAAAAAAUUAUUUAAUAUUAUUUUUGUAUUACACGCCUAAGAUACAAAACAAACAUCACCAAAAUUAUUUGAAUAUCAACUUAAACAAUGUAACCCAAUAAGAUAACGAAACGAAUACCUAUGUAGAGAAGCUAUUCCAUUGAGUCUUUACACUAAGGUUACUGAACAUUGAUAUGACUGACACAAAUGACCAAUUUUUAGUUGAAGAUGAUGAAAUAUUAGCUUCUAUAUUAGAAGAAAGUUUAAGACAUUACAAUGAAGUGGAAGUACCGUUACGGUCUAUUGUUGAGAAUGAAGUAUCUCCUGCUAAGUCUAUUGUUGAGGAUGAACUACCAUCAGUACAGUACGAAGCACCACAACAGUCUAAUGGCUCAAAUUCUUUACCUAAAUUAAGCAGGGUUGCACCACCAGUAGUAAUAGACUUGUGCCAAUCACCUAAGAAAUGUACAACUGUCCAAAGUAGAUUAUCACAUUUUUUUACUAAACCUAAAAGUGAUAAAAUAUAUGAUAAGGAAGAAACUAAUAGUAAACUAGAAAAUCAUACAGACAAAUUAAUAAAUGAUGAAAUAAAUGUAUCACCAGUACUGAAUAAUGUCAGCAUUAGCAGUUCACCAGCAAUUUUCUAUAAAGAACCGGAUGCAAAUGGGUUUCAUUUAUCGUCUGGUUCACAUUAUGUGUACCCCUCAAAUUUCCCAGUCAGAGAAUAUCAAAUGGGAAUCAUCAAAACAGCUUUAUUUCAUAAUACUCUCGUCAGCUUGCCUACAGGCAUGGGGAAAACAUUCAUAGCUGCUGUGGUCAUGUACAACUUUUACCGAUGGUAUCCAAUGGGUAAAAUAAUAUUUAUGGCACCGACAAGACCAUUAGUUGCCCAACAAAUUGAAGCGUGUCAUUCGAUUAUGGGUAUUCCUAGGGAAAUGACAUUUGAAAUGACUGGUAAUAUCCCACCAGAACAAAGAUAUUUAGCGUGGAAUAAAUACAGAGUCUUUUUUCUUACACCUCAAGUUCUGGCUAAUGAUUUGAGCCUUAAUAAAUGUCCAUCAGAUACAUUCAGAUGUAUUAUUGUGGACGAAGCACAUCGAGCUACCAAAGAUUAUGCUUAUGUUCAGGUCUUAAAGCGUUUGUCAGAAGAAAACAAAGUAAUUCGAAUUGUUGGAUUAUCAGCUACUCCUGGAACUAAUGUAGAAGCGGUCACCGAGGUCAUACGAAAUCUAAACAUAUCAAAGUUAGAGUUCAGAACUGAUGAAUCUCCUGAUGUGGCAAAAUAUACAAAUAAAAAGGAUGUUGAAUGCAUAUCAGUGAAACUUACAAAUACUAUUUUGGAUAUUCGCACUCAAUUUUUAAUGAUUUACGAUAAAUACCUAAAACGUUUAAAACAGUACCAUGCACUUAAUGGAAACGUUGCUAAUCUUACAAAAUUUCAAAUAUUCACUGCCAAACAAAAAUUUUUAACCAGUAAUAAUGCUCGUGAUAUGCCAAAAUCUCUUAUUGGAUGUUUAAUAAAUGAUUUCACUAUAUGCAUGUCUCUGGCAUAUGCUUUAGAGUUGUUGACAAUUUAUGGUGUCAAAGUAUUUUAUUUACAAUCGUUAGAAAUGAAGGAAACUCAUAAAUGUUUAUCAAAUGAUGCUGAUUUUCAAAAUCUCUUGCAUGGUAUUAACAAAGAAUUAAAUUCUCAGGACUUGACUUGGAGUCACCCCAAGCUAUUUGAAUUGAAAAAAAUUGUUCAAAACUAUUUUGGCUUCAAAAAUGUAGAAGCAAGUAGCAAGAUAAUAAUAUUCUGUCAGUAUCGAUUGGUUGUAGUAGAAGUAUUUGAACUUUUAAAAACAUUUGGUUCAUCUGUGAAACCGGUCAUGUUUGUUGGGCAAUCUCUUAAGGAAAAAGGUGGUCUGCGGCAAAAAGAACAAUUGGAGGUAAUGAGUCGAUUUAAAAGUGGAGAUUUUAAUGUAUUAAUUGCUACAAGUGUAGCUGAAGAAGGUCUAGAUAUUGGAGAUGUCGACUUGAUCAUAUGCUUGGAAGCCAACAAAUCUCCAAUAAAAUUUGUACAACGACUCGGCCGAACUGGACGUAAACGUUCAGGGAAAUGUAUUACUUUACUGACUGAAGGAAAAGAACAAAUUAAAUACAAUUCCAGUGUUUCUUCAAGUAAAACACUUGUAAUCAAAAUGUUGAAAAACAAAGCAAUACUUUCUAAGUUGGCUCCUGAAGGACCAAGGUUGGUGCCAAAACAUAUCCAUCCACAAUGUUUAAUGAUUCAUGUAAAGGAACCAGAAGAGAUUUUUCCGGAAAAGAAAAAACUUAAAGGCAAGAGAAAAGCAGUUGAAAAUAUUAUGCGAUAUGUAGAACCUAUUGAUGGCCAAAACGAAGUAGACGAAGACGGAGAAGACGGACUCAAUGUUUUCCAAAAUAAUAUAGAUAAACCAAAAAGAAGAUCUAAAAAACGAAAAACCGUCGAAUUUGAUACAAACGAUAAUGGCUGUACAGAAAUCGAAUCGUCUGAACAAAAAAAUACUGACAUAGAUUACGAACAUCAUUUGAAUGAUUACUAUUAUGAAGCACCUGAAAUCAACGUGCAAGGUGUAACCGAUAGAACUUUGGAACAUUUUGUCGACGAGGAAAAAGUGUUUAAUGAAUGGCUUAAGUCGUGCAUGCAGACCAAUACCAUAGUGUUGAACAGCUCGUUUUUCGAACUGUUAAAUUUUUUUACUGAUCGUGGCCAAUGUGAUAUUGAACUUUUCAACGGCAAACCGACGGAUGACAUGUUUACAGGGCUGACUCAAGUUGGCAAAAUAUUUGAAGGUCCGUCGGUCAGUGGCGAGCGCUCGGUCUGCGCAAACGAUCAGCCAAUGAGAAAUACCGAUCAUUUAUCCCGAUUAUGUGAUGAUGUACGACCAGGCGGCUACACAGGUUUUUCACAAGUAGCCAGUACAUCCGCAGCUCGUGAAAUCAACGACUACACGGAAAAUAUAGACCCUGAAGACAUAUUUGACGGACACACUGACCACCCGACUUUCACGCGACCGAUCGGUAUACGAGCGUCGGAAAUUUGUGAUCGUAGCCACGAGACUAAACCCGAUCAAAACAGCCGUACGGGAAAAUUAAAUUUCAACGAUCUGUUCAAAAGCCAACUGGCUGACGGGUACAGAGAUGAUUUCAUUGUUGGGAAUACGAGUCUUCCAUUACGCCCACUCUCUGUAGACGUAGACGACGACAAUUCUCCAGCAAAUAUCGUGACCGAAGCCGUCGUACGUGACGACGACCAAGACGAAGAUGACGAAGUCAUGAGAAAUGUUGAUUUCGAAGAACUAUUCAAGAGCCAGAGGGCCGACAGGUUUAUCGAAAAAUACAGCGAAGAAAUCGCCGCUGAACGACUCAACGAUGAUCAUUUGUCGGUCGUGAGUAGUAGUGGUGGCAUAAAAGCCGAAACGUGCCAUGAAGAAAAAAUAGACUUAUUGUUUGAUAGCCAAAGAUCCGACGACGACGAUGAAAUAAUGGGGAAUAUUGAUUUAAAAAAUCUGUGCAAAAGUCAGAGAUCCGACAAUUGUAUGGAAAAGGAAAUCGCCGCCGGACGACAGAACGUCGAUCAAUCGAUCGCCAAUGGUGGCCGGAGGAGUCCGGUCGUGUGUGUUGGUGAGAAGAAGGCAGCGACAUCCGGUCACCAGCUGGUCGGAAAGAUGGACUUCAGUGCAUUGUACAAGAACCAAAGAUCUGACGGUUACAUUGAAGACUUCAUGGUGAGGAACACGGGAUCGCGAGUUCGGCCGUCAAAUGUAGACCAUCACGUUAUACGCGAAAUUAAUGUCGACGACGACGACGACGAUAAUUCAAUGACGGAUAUCGUGACAAACUCUAUAGCGCGUGACGACGACCAGGAUGAAGACGAUGAAAUCAUGGGGAAAAUUGAUGUAGAAAAACUGUACAAGAGACAGAGAUCCAAUAACUGUAAGGAAAAGGAAACAGCCGCCGAACGACAGAACGUCGAUCCAUCGAUCGCAAAUGGUGGCUGGAUGAGUCCGGUUGUGUGUGUUGAUGGGAAAAAGGCAGUGACAUCCGAUCACCAGUCGGUCGGAAAGAUGGACUUCAGUGUAUUGUACAAAAACCAAAGAUCUAACGGGUACAUUGAAGACUUCAUGGUGAGAAACACGGGACCCCGAGUCCGGCCGUCGAAUGCAGUCGAUCGAGUCUUAUUCCACAUCGAUGAUGAUCAGGAUAAAGAUGACGAAGUGAUAGGGAAUAUUGAUUCCGUAAAACUUUUCAAGAGUCAGAGGGCUGCCGAGUGUAUGGAAAUUGACGAAAUCGAAAAAAUAUCUGCCAAAAGACCGAACGUCAAUCGAUCGAUCAUAAACAGUGGCCGGAGAAGUCCCAUCGUGUGUGGUGGAGCGUUAGGUAAGGUCGACUGCAAUGCACUGUUCAAGAGCCAACGGAGCGAUGAGUACAUCGAAGACUAUACGGAUAAGUCCGUAGCAAAAAUAGCUUCUGAAAAGGUCGGAGUGGCGGAUGAUUGGCCGCGCUCGGAUGUUGGGGUUGAAGACGACGACGUCAUUUCCUUAAACAGUUCCCAAGAGUUUUUCAGCUGCAGACCGUCGAAGAAAGCCACCCAAAUGAAACUGACGGGCCAUGUUUGUACUGACCGCGCAAUCGAAAUCAUCGACUUAUCAUCGCCUCCUCCAAGCUCGUCGAGUACUGUGGCUGCAUCCGCCGCCAGUCUGCCGAUUGCAGUAGACAGAUUUCCGACCAACAGCGUAUCGACCUCGCGUGUUGGCGGUGUUGGUCUGCUGCAGCAGACGAACGAUGACGACGACAUGGAUUUUAUGUUCAUCGAUUAUAACAGCGACGAUGAUGCUGCUGCAGAUAUUUUUACGCAGAAACACAGGGAUGGCGGCGAUGAAGACGUUUUUACGCAAAAACACCAGGAGGGCGGCGAAGCGGACUUUUCCACACAGAAAAAACGCGACUGCAGUGGGACGAAGGCCACGGUCAGUCUACCGUUAUCGCCCGUCGCUUCUGCAGCGAAACCGCCGCUUAAGAGUGACGUGACAAAGCGUGCCGGUCACUCCACACAGUCGUACGACAACGGCAUGAUGCCAUUCAACAUCAUGAAAGCUGCACGUCUUGUUGACUUGCUUAAACCGGGCUUGAGCAUGAAAAGGAACACGACAGCGGCGGUAUCUAAACGACAAGUUGACAAAGGCUCCACGGCGGUGGCGUUCAAACGGCAAGCCGAUAAAGUAUCUCCGACGGCUGCACUCAAACGGCAAGUCGAGAAAGGCUCGCCGGGGGCUGCAUUCAAACGGCAAGUUGAUAAAGGUUCCCCGGGGGCUGCAUUCAAACGGCAAGUCGAUAAAGGCUCGCCGGUGGGUGCAUUUAAACGACGGGUCAAUGACUCCUCGCCAGUGGCUGGGAUCAAACGACAGUUCGACAGCUCGAUGGCGGCAUUAGCGUUGAAAAGAAAAGUCGCCAACAGCCGAAGUCCAGCCGACGACAUGUCGCCCAUACAUGCUCCGAACGGCCAGCGUCGGCGUCCUCAGUUUUCGCAGUCUACUCCCAAAGUUUCCGAGCAACCGAAACAACGGCGACGAGAAACCGUUACCACCGCUGCCACUACAGUUACCACCGCUGGAAAGAUCAACUCUCUGUUGACGUCCAGCAGUGACUCUGACAAUUUCGUCGGCUACGGGCGCAUCGAAAAUACGACCAGUCCGCGCCGCCGAGUCAAGAAAAAACGCCGAAGGAAACCGAAAAAGAAACUCUUGUUCAUCGAUGACGAAGCUGAUGUCAGCAAUUGCUACGGCGACGGUACCAAUUUCAGCAAGACUAGCUCCGACAACGACGACGACGACGACGAUGACCAAAACGAAUUCGAUUCAAGUUUCAUCGAUGAUGAUCAUGAAAAGUCCGAUCCAUCGAAGAGCAUGACCAAACAGUAUUUACAAUCGGUCAAGAGCCAGGCCAAUACACGUGGAGUUUUUAAGAUACCUCAGCUAACGAGACAGCAUUUCAACAUCGACGUUUACUCUCAGAUGGAUGACAGGAACGUGGAUAAUGACUACGAAGAGGAUUCGUUUUGCGUGGAAGACGCGUCCGACCUGAACAGCACGUCGUCGACGACCAACACGAGCGCGCACAGGACGUCGGACGAACGGCCGUCAAAGCCGCCGCCGUCGCGGAAGCGGAAGCGCAUCAUAUUGUCGCCUCGGAGUUCGGACAGCAGCGACAACAGUCCCGGCCACCGGGUCCGGCGGAAGCGCGGCAGGGCGAAGACUUCGCUGGACUUCAGUUGACCACCGCGGCCGGACGACGAAUUUCGGAUAUCCACCUUGUCGGCGGUCCAUCCAUCUAUUUUUAUAUGUUUUGUUUUUUUUUUCGCUCACUUUUACAUACGUAUCGUUUUUUUUUGUUUAUUGUAUCGUUCGCCGCCUCGCCGACCGCACAGGACCGAUAUUAGUCUGCGAUCUCGUAAUACUGCAGUACCUAUAUUUUACGGGUGCGACUGGCUGUGUUUUGGCGAUCGGUCGGUUAUUUAUUUUUUUUUUUCCGCAGUUUGACUGCACAUACCUCCUAUAUUAUACACUUAUACAUUAUACCUUAUUAAUAAUAAUGUUUGUUUGUUUUUUAUACAUUUUUUAUACAUAUUUAAAUGUUAAAUAUUUAUUUGUGAUAACCAACAGAAUAAUAAAAAAAACGGAUUCCUGUAUGUGACGUUUUGAUCCGAGUUUUAAUGUGAUAAUAAAAAUUAACAUUUAAAGUGACAA